AUUUUUGGAACCGAGCCAAAGGGGUCCAAACUCCAAACUGAAAGCUCAAAUCUCCCCCAGACCAGACGCCACUGCCUCACUUUAUCCAUAACCAAAAUUAACGUUGUUCAGAAACAAAAAAUCACUGUAAAAAAAAGGAGUUUUGUUUUUCUCAAUUUUGCUCAAUGGAAGAGAAAAACAAAUGAAUAGUGAAAGGGGAUGGAAUCCACCCACUUCACUAAAACAUUGACUCCCGCAAAUUUUUAUAAACUCACCAAAAUGGCAUUGCAGAGUUCUUCUAACAGGGCUCUGUCGCUGAAAAAUUGCUCAUCGUUUAGGAAUACUACUGCUGUCAGCUUGUUACAUUUAAGAAGAAGCUCUUCAGCGAAAGUUUUAUCGUUCCUGCACGUGACUUGCUAUUCUACUUGCUCCGAUAUAGAUUACUCCUCAUCCUCGAAACGAAGAUCGCGUGGCCCUGUUAUGGCUGCAAAGGGAAAAUCUGAAGGUGAAAAACAGGAAGAUGGAAAGUAUAAGCACACAAUCGAUCUCCCUAAGACAGGCUUUGGAUUACGAGCAAAUUCUGUUGUAAGGGAGCCUGAAAUUCAAAAAUUAUGGGACGAAAAUCAGGUGUUUAAGAGGGUCACCGGUAGGAAUAGUGGGGGUAGCUUUGUGCUACACGAUGGCCCUCCGUACGCAAAUGGUGAUUUGCAUAUGGGUCAUGCGUUGAAUAAGAUUUUGAAGGAUAUUAUCAAUCGAUAUAAGCUUCUUCAGAACUUCCAAGUUCAUUACGUGCCUGGUUGGGAUUGUCAUGGAUUACCAAUUGAAUUGAAAGUUUUGCAGUCAAUGGAUCAGGAUGCUAGAAAGGAUCUGACACCAGUUAAAUUGAGAGCAAAGGCAGCCAAAUUUGCUAAAACAACUGUCAAGAAUCAGAUGGCAGCAUUUAAGCGAUAUGGUGUAUGGGGAGACUGGGAUCAUCCGUAUCUCACUCUUGAUCCAGAGUAUGAAGCUGCUCAGAUUGAAGUAUUUGGUCAAAUGGCUUUGAAAGGGUAUAUCUACAGAGGCAGGAAACCUGUUCAUUGGAGUCCCUCGUCUCGAACAGCUCUUGCAGAGGCUGAAUUGGAGUAUCCCGAGGGACAUGUUUCAAAGAGCAUAUAUGCUGUUUUCAAAUUAACUAGUACUCCUACUUCGUGUAAUGUGUUGGACGAGUUCAUUCCCAAUUUGGGCUUGGCUAUUUGGACUACGACUCCAUGGACCAUCCCUGCUAAUGCUGCUGUUGCUGUCAAUUCAAAGCUUCAAUAUGCCGUCGUUGAAGUACAUUCCGAUGACGUGGAUAUAACUGCGUCGUCGGGUGAUAAAGAGAAAAGAAUUGGCAAUCUAUUGAAGGAACACAACAAACUGUACUUAAUUGUUGGUUUGGACCUUGUUCCAACUCUAGAGGCAAAAUGGGGAUUGAAGCUUAGUGUCAAGGCAACACUUACUGGUGCAGAUCUUGAAAAUUGCAGGUACGUUCAUCCCAUAGAGCAAAGAGAAUGCCCAGUUGUUAUCGGUGGCGAUUACAUCACAACAGAGUCGGGAACUGGACUAGUUCAUACUGCUCCUGGCCAUGGUCAAGAAGAUUACAUAACCGGCCUUAAAUAUAAUUUGCCCGUUUUUUCCCCUGUGGACGAUGCAGGAUUAUUUACCGAAGAGGCUGGUCAAUUCAACGGUCUCGAUGUUCUUGGCAAUGGCAAUGUUGCUGUUAUCGAGUGCUUGGACAAUAACUCAUCAUUAAUCAUGGUUGAACCGUACAAGCACAAAUACCCAUACGAUUGGAGAACAAAGAAGCCCACCAUUUUCAGGGCAACUGAACAAUGGUUUGCUUCAGUGGAAGGAUUUCGAAAAGCUGCAAUGGAAGCAAUUAGCCAAGUAACAUGGACUCCUCCACAGGCGGAAAAUCGGAUUUCUUCCAUGACUUCAAUUCGUAACGAUUGGUGUAUCUCCCGACAAAGAACUUGGGGUGUGCCCAUCCCGGUUUUUUAUCAUGUUGAAUCGAAGGAGCCGUUGAUGAAUGAAGAAACCAUUGAUCAUAUUAAGUCUAUGAUUUCACAGAAAGGAAGCGAUGCAUGGUGGUACAUGAAGGUAGAGGAAUUACUUCCGGAAAAAUAUCGGAAUGAAGCGUCAAACUAUAUAAAAGGAACAGAUACAAUGGAUGUUUGGUUUGACUCAGGUUCUUCGUGGGCAGCAGUAUUGGGGAAGAGAAAAGGUCUUAGUUAUCCUGCAGAUUUGUAUAUCGAGGGUACAGAUCAGCAUCGUGGCUGGUUCCAAAGUUCAUUAUUGACGAGCGUUGCCACUAAUGGAAAAGCUCCGUAUCUUGGUGUUGUAACACAUGGAUUUGUACUCGAUGAAAAGGGCUUCAAGAUGAGCAAAUCUCUAGGAAAUGUUGUUGAUCCGAGAACUGUGAUUGAAGGCGGAAAAGAUCAAAAGGACCCCUUUGGUGCAGAUGUACUUCGUCUUUGGGUUUCGAGUGUAGAUUACACCACCGAUGUGACAAUCGGAAAUAAAGUGCUUCGUCAAAUGUCGGAUGUAUACAGGAAACUAAGAGGGACUUUGCGGUUUCUUUUGGGAAACCUUCAUGAUUGGAAAGCGGAUUAUGCUGUUCCUUAUAGUGAGCUUCCGAUGAUAGAUCAAUACGCAUUAUUUCAACUCGAAAGUGUCGUGAAGAACAUUACAGAGAGCUAUGACAACUAUCAGUUCUUCAAGAUUUUUCAGACCAUUCAGCGGUUUGUGGUUGUUGAUCUCUCAAAUUUCUACUUGGACGUUGCCAAAGACCGACUCUAUGUUGGGGGAACCAGUAGUUCGACUAGGAGGACAUGUCAAACAGUGCUUGCUGCACAUCUACUCUCUGUAGUGAGAGUAAUUGCUCCCAUUUUGCCACAUUUAGCGGAAGAUGUGUGGCAGAAUAUUCCUUUCCCAUUCACCGCCGAAGAUGGAGAAAAGGCGACUUUUGUCUUUGAGUCAAAAUGGCCCGUUUUAAACGCAAGGCAUCUUUCGUUUCCAGAGGAAGAGGUUAUUUUUUGGGAAACAAUUCUUGAGAUGAGAACCGAGGUAAACAAAGUGCUUGAGGUGGCUCGUACGAAAAAGUUGAUUGGUUCGAGUUUAGAGGCAAAAGUUUAUCUCCAUGCAUCUGAUACUGACCUCGUUUCGAGAUUAGUUGACAUGUGCGCAUCGAAAAAUGAAGCUGACACACUGCACCGCAUCUUCAUAACAUCUCAGGUGGAGAUUCUUCCUUCUCUAGAAAACGUGAGCGAAGACAACAUACCUUGCUCCGGCGAGUAUCUUAUCCAAAAUGAGAAUAAAGUGUGGAUCGGAGUUUCACGUGCAGAUGGUUUGAAAUGUGAAAGAUGCUGGAAUUUUUCGAGUCAAGUUGGAAAUUACCAAGACCACCCCUCACUGUGUGGCCGUUGUCAUAGUGUUAUCGGACAGCCAAUCCCAGCUCUCGCAGCAGCUAGUUGAGAUACGAGAUUUCAACCAAUUUUUGCUUCAUUACUAAACCCUUAUUUUUUUGCAACAUCUGCACUUUCUCAAUAAUUCAGAUUUUCUUCAAUUGGAAUCUUGGAAAAUUUUCAUAUGUAAAGAAAUGGCUGGUUUCAUAUUUGAAAAGAUUCAUAUUUCGAUAUUAGUUCCUUU